AUGAAGUUAUUAUUAUUAUUUGUAUUGUUGUCAAUUAUUUUGUUGGUGGUAUCUGCCAAAAAGAUUCAAGCACCAACACCAACAUCAUGGGUGACCGUUGAAGCAUUCAAUGAAGCAAAGUGUCCCGAAACAUCUAGUAUUGGUGGUUUGGUGAUUGGAUCAAACUCUUGUUAUAGACAACAAGUAUUGUCAUGUUCGACUGACCUCAGUACUGUUACAGUGUCUAUGUUUAAUACUAUAGAUUGCUCUGGUAAUCCUGCCAAUUCGACCACUUUCCCAUCGGGUCAAUGUGGAGCCACUGCCAUUUGGGGAUUCACAAAGACCUACACUUGCAGUGUAUCAAGACCAAUGCAACCAGAAAGAUCAUUGAUCAUCUCAGUCUUUGAUGGAUGUCAAUCAUCACCACAACCAUCACAACUCACUCAAUACCGUUGGAUUCCAACUUACAAGUGUAUGACAUUACAGAGAUGUGGUUUCUAUUGUCCUCCACUCACACCAUAUACUGGUACUGGUACCAGUGCUAGUGCUAGUAGUGCUGGUUCUAACUCUGGUAGUGAUAGUUCUGAUAGUAGUUCAAAUAACGGUCAAUCAUCAAGAGGAGGAGCAUCGUUCUUUACACAUCACUCUACUACUACACAAGAAGAAAAGAUUGAUCAGUAUUGGAACCUUGUAGAUUCAAUCAUUGGGUUUGAUAGUCCAGACCAACAUGCAUCUUUGCAUCAACAACAACAACCAGAAGAAAUAGUCCAAACUUCUUUUAGUGUAACUGGAAGUGGAUUUUCAACUGGAAGUGGUGGUACAACUAGUGCUAGUAGUACAAGUGCUAGUAGUUCAAGUGCUAGUAGUUCUAGUACUGGUAGUAAUUCUGGUGGAUUACCAAUAUACACUGUAUUCUUUGGUUUGGUGGUGUGUAAUAGUACCAAUAAUAUGAUUUAUACCUAUUUCAAUGGACAAGACUUGUCCUCGACCGCCGCCUCAGCGGUAUCAACCGGACAGUAUUCAUCAGGUGACCCAUACUAUACAUCAACCGGUGGUUCCCAAAUGACUGGAUUACCUGCCCCUGUCUUUCCCAAUAUAGAUAGUGGUUCUGCAACUGGUGGUAGUAGUAGUCAUACAUCUCUAAAUGGUUGUAGAGUACCUGCAAAGGUGCAAAAAGAAAUGUGUAUAGUUAAUAUUAGAAGUAGUAAUCCUAGAAGAUUAAAUGUAGUGUUUCUAGGUGAAGAGUCAUCAGGAAAGAAAACUCUACUAGAAUCACUGUUUGUGUCAACAACGACAACACCAGCUACCAGCAACUUGACAUUUGGUGAUACAUUUAUAACAGUCCCAUUCACUAAUAAAUAUAUAGAUGAUUUUAGUUUAUCUGUGAAAUGUUUAACAAAUAAAUUUGAUGGUGAAAGAUUCCCUAGAUCUCAUUAUCGGUGUAAUCUAUUAUUUAUAGUUUAUGAUACUACAAACUUGGAUGCAUUUAAUCGAUUACCACAUUGGAUUGCACAAUGUACCAAUUAUCCAUUAGCACCAUUCACACAAAUCAUCGUCGUUGGUACAAAACAAGACCUCAUUCAAGAAAGAGCUGUAUCUACAUUAGAGACUGAACGAUACAUACAAUCUCUAAAACAACUACACCCUAAAACAGAAUACUUUGAAACUUCAAUCAAUGAUCCAAGACGUGACAAAUUUGAACAAAUAACCCUAGAAUACUUUACCAACCUUUACCAUAUCCUCCUCAAAUCACAACAAGAUUUAAUAAUGUUUAUUGAACCUUCUUAUAUUAAUUUAGAUUAUUAUACUCGCAACAAUAACAUUGUAAACUCUAAUAAUAAUAAUAAUAAUAAUAAUAAUAACUGUAAUAAUAAUAAUAAUGGAAUGAAUCCAAAUUUAUUAAUUGGAAUAUUAAAAUCAAAGUAUUUGGCAAGCAUGAUAUUUAAACAUGUUAGUGAAAUACAUUCAAUGUUGGGAUUAAUGACUACACACAUAUCAUUAAACAUCAACAACAUUGAUUUUUUAAUUGAUAAUCGUUACUUUAACCUUGUCAAUUUAUUGGUAUCAAACAACAAACAACAACAACAACAACAACUAGAAGGAUUUGGACAAUUUGGAAAUAUUGGAUUGAUAAAACUACUUCAAUCUGGAUUUAAUAAUUUAGAUAUAUUAAAUCUAAUCAUUCCAAAACAAACAAAAGAGUCCAAGUUAUUAAAUAUACACGAUGCAACAAGACUGAUAGAUGAAAGUUGUGCUGGUGGUAAUGUAGAGGUGGUUCAAUUCCUACACUCUGAAAAGGGAUAUCAAUGGUCAAUAUAUGGAUUAAAAUUGGCUGUCAUGUUGGGACAUCUAUCAGUACUAGAGUAUAUCUUUGAAAAUACUCUUAAAAACUAUGAAUUGUUGGAAUAUGAACGUCAAGUUGCUCACAAGGGAAGUGGUGGAAGAGUAUCUAUCGAUACUGACGCUGCCCUCAAACCAUUCUACCUAACUAAACCUUUAGUCAACCAAUCUUUAGAAUUGGCAAAACUAUAUCAUAGAAAGAAAGUAAUCUCAUUUUUAACAUCAUAUCAAUUUAUACCACCAAAAGAUCCAUCCAUCGAUAUUCAACUGUCACAGUCAACAUCUAUUAAAGAUAAAUUAAUUGGUUUAUUCAAGUCCAACAAAUAA